AUCUGCAAGAGGAAGCUUUUUCCAGUUCUACUAACCUUAGGCAGUUCAAAAACGUAUUAACAAAAUUUCUUUGGGAUCAUCAUAGCAGCCGCGGUGUUCCGGCAAUUAGGCUUCUGCCUGCGCGGCUGUUUCGAUAUAAAAAAAGGGUCUUCUAAUGAUAAUUCCUCGUCGGAAGAGUCCUUCAACUCCAAAUUAUUAUCUUCUGAUUCUGAAUCUGUUUCAUUUGAGAUCUUUUUCUUUGUUUUUCUUUUCUUUGUUUUUCUUUUCUUUGUUUUAUCAUUUCUGUUCAAACUCCCUGAUAUAUUUCUUUUCACCUUCUCAACUGCAGUGCAGCUUUUGGAAAUCCUCGCAGCUCAAAAGCUUUUUCUUAUUCAUAGUUAAUUCAUUUAUUUGUGUUUGUUUGUUACCAUAUAAACCAACAGAUUCAGUUUCAAAAAUUGGGUUUUCCUCUUUCUCAUCUAAUUUGCGAUCCAAAGUUUGAAUUGUAC